AUGAGCGCGAGCAAGGGGCAAGACGACAGGGAACAGGCCAUGCAGCAUGCGGUGCAAGAUGCAGAGGGUGGCCUGGUCGUACAUACAUGGGAGGCCACGGAAUGCCGGGGACGUCGCUUGCCCUGCAUCUUGCAGCUGCGGCAGCUGCAGCCGGCUAAACCUUUUAGCGCGACCUUGACCGACUCGACCAACACUGGCUUGCGCAGCCUUAAAAUGCAGAGGUAUAAUAUCACCGGCGGACACAUGUAUAACUGGCUGCCGACCUGUACCCGAAAGGAGCGACCCAUACUCGCAUGCCAGCCACGGUUUAUUUUAAAAUAUCGAGGGAAUUACGUACAACAAAUCGAUUAA